CGGAGCCCGCUCCCUCCGCGCUUACAUGACGCCCCCGGCAGCCGGCGCGGCCAGGAGCGGCAUUUCCAGGGGAGGAACGGCCCGCAGGCAGCCGUCAGGCGCCGGAUCCCUCCUUCCCCCUCCUCACACGGCCGGCCCCUCCGCGCCGCCCGGCUCCCCCCGCCCGGCACCGGCGGCUCAGGCGCGGGCGGGAGGAGGAGGACGAGGAGGACGAGGAGGCGGCGGCGGCUGCUGCUGCCCCCGCCCCGGGAGGGCCGGCGCCCUCACCCCGGCCCGGCCUCCUCACCUCGCGAGAGCCGCCCGCCCGCCCGCGCCCACCGAGCACCCGGCGGCAGAGGAGGAGGAGGAGGUGGCGGCGUCGGCCGGGAGCAUCGCCCUCAGGAAGCCAUCGCGCCCGCCCCGCCGCGGAGACGGAGAGGGAGGAGGAGGAGGAGGAGGGCAGCGGGCUGGGAAAUUGAGCGCGGGGAGGCCGGCCCCUCCUUCGCCCGAUCAGCCCCCGGCGCUGCGGCGGGCCCGGGAGGGCGGCGGCGGCGGGGGCCAUCUGCCGGCGGCCGCGAGCGGCGCGGCUGGCCCGGCCCCGGCCCCGGCCCCGGCCCCGGCCCCCGCAGGCCUCGGCCGCCGGCGAGGUCUCUGGUAGCAGCACCGGCCCUCCUCGACAGACACUGCUGCCCUUCGCAGAUGCACCUUCAGGCUUUUGCACCGCGGGAAUUCUCUCUCCUCUGGGUUCGUGUCGUUAGAAAAGGUGUGUGGUGCGAAGGGGGUGGUUGUCAUCGUCACGUCAGUCCUCGCCGCCUGGGAAAGGGAUUGCCCAGGCUGGAUCGCUUCAAGCCCUGGAAGAGGGUAACCUUCGAUCCAGAACUCAUCUGCCUCUCCCUCACUCCCCCACCUUAUCUCCAUAGGGAAGGCAGCCGCUUCAGCACCUGUUCUGAGAUAACGCCCUCGCUGGAGAUUGCUUAGCAAACUCCUCGUGCGAGGAGAGGCACGUCUCUGAGCUUGUGCUAGGUUGAAGGGCACCGAACGUGCCUUCUUUCCCAGGACCCAAGAAAAAUCCACAAAUCGCAGCGUUUUGCUUGUUGCACUUUACUGCUGAGAAUUUUUGUCGUGCGUAACAGCCACAUUAUAGAAACGCAGCACGUGAGCUGCCUAAUUGCGCCUGUAAAAAUAAAGACAGAAAGAGGCUUAUUGGAGGAGAGCGAAGGAGGAGGCUCGGCAGCUCUGGAAAUCCUUCGGCUUGCUUCUGGUAGCGAUGCCUAGUUUCAAUGAAAGGAUCAUUUUCACUGCAGCAGGACUGUGAUUGGUCGCCCUCCAUCCUAAAGGGGUGGAUUACUGCAUAAACCUCACAUCUCAAGUACUCUACAAGUGAGUGACGGAUCUGGGAGAUCAAAGUCAUUUUUGUCUAAUUAAAAAACCUGAAAUGCGUUCAGUGAGAGCAACAGCAUAAAUCCAAGAAGAGUUGUUUUGCUGGUGCAGUACCAUACUGCUGCGCUCUGUGUCUCGGGGCCUACUGCAUACCUUGGUCUUCAGAAGAAACAUGAGUAGCAGUUUGAAAUUGGUGGGACCCGUCAAGCAAUUUUAUAAUGAUACCCCAUGGCACCAACCAGCUCUCUAAAUAAUGUCAGUGAUGGUUUUACCAAUACAGAAAUACAGACAGGGUUACUACAGAAAUGGCUACAAUUCGCUCUCUUUCCAGUUUGCUGUUUACAUGUAACAAAUAAGGUUGUCCUUUAAAGAAAAUAAACAAAAAGUGAAUAUACUAGUAAAAGAGUAGAGUAAAGAAGCUGUGUGCUUUUAAUAUAUAGCAAUGUCAAUCAAA